AUGGAGUUCUGUUCUUCAUUCAAGGGCAUAAUUUUUACAAGCGGUGAGACUGUUCCAACUGCAAAUCAUUUGAUCAGAUUGUACAUUCAUGAAGCAACAAGAGUAUAUUCCGAUAAAUUAAUCAGUGCUGAAGAUAAAAAUACCUUUCAGCAAUUGUUGAAGGAGUCACUUCGCAAGAAUAUUGCUGAAAUGGAUGAGAAUAUUAUAUUUGCUGAGCCAAUGAUAUAUUGUCAUUUUGCGGAAGGAAUCGGUGAACCAAAGUACAUGCCAAUAAAAGAUUGGCAACAAUUAACAAAAUUACUGGAUGAAGCUUUGGUUAAUUAUAAUGAACUGGUGGCGGCAAUGAAUCUGGUUUUAUUCGAAGAUGCUAUGUACCAGGUUUGUCAAAUAAAUCGUAUUCUGGAGUCACCAAGAGGAAACGCGUUGCUCGUAGGCGUUGGAGGAAGCGGAAAGCAAUCUCUUUCUAGCCUUGCAUCUUUUAUUUCGGGUUUAGAGGUAUUAUUGCAAAGAUUAUUUGCAAAAUUCUAAUUUUUUGACAAAGAUAUUAUAAUGAAUUUUUAUAUUUAAAUUUUUAUAUUUAAAUUUUAUAUUUAAAUAAAAUAUAAAGAUAUUACAGUGAAUUUUAUAUUUAAAUAUUCUCUUCAGAUACCGAAAUAUGUAUUAUUAAAAAAUGUAGAAAGUUGAACAAGCUAAAAGUUAAACAAAUUCAUAAAAUUUUUAAAUAAAUAAUUUAUUAUGAAAAAAUAUAGAAGGUUUAAUAAAUUAAUAAACUAUUAAACACAUUAAUAAGAUUAUUAAAUAAAUAACGAUUUAUUGUGAAAAAAUAUUAAAAUUCUAACAAAUUAAUAAACUAUUAAACAAAUUAAAUAAAAUUAUUAAAUAAACAAUCCUUAAUAAAAAAUAUUAAUUAAAAUCUUCUGAUAAAAUUAAUAUGUUUAAUAUACAAUAAUUUCACAUAUUUAAGUUUAUGUUUAAAUAUAAAUAGUGCACAUAUAAUGUAUUAAAUGUGUAUGAUUUAUUAUGAUUAAUAAUAUGUAUACAUACAUACAUAUAUAUACGUAUAUAUACUACAAUUAAUAAUUACAUGUGCAUCAUUAAAUAUACAUUAAAUAUAAUUUUAAUAUGAAGAAUUAUUGUACAUUGAAUAUAUUAGUAUCCUUCACAAUUUGUUUUAUUAGAAGAUUCUAAUAUUUUAAUAACAAUCGAUUGUUUAAUAGAUUUAUUAUUUUAUUAAAUAACUUUAUUAAAUAACUUCCUAUAAAUUUAUUAUUUUUAUAAAUAAUUAUAAAUAAUUUAAACUUUUUUAUAAAUAACUUUCCUAUAAAUUUAUUAUUUUAUUAAUUAUUUUUUUCCUAUAACUUUUUCAUAAUAAAUAGACUCAUCAGAUUUAACAUUAUAACAUAAUAAAUAAAUCCUCAGAUAACGUAA